UGGUCAGUAUAAUUAUAAAAUGGGUUAAAUACCGAAAUGUGUGUGUGUUAAAAUUAUAAUCAUAAUAAUAUUACUGUGCGAACGCGAACCGAUGGCAAAAUUUGUGUAGUUCUAGUGUCGUCCCUGCGUGAUUUCUCGGAUAACUUUGAACCGGAGCUGCGUAAAAACCAUAAUGGAUACGAGUAAUUUGGACCGUUAAGAUGCUGUGCAAGUGCGGCCUUUGGUGCGCGUUCCUCGUAUUAUUGGUCGUUUCUGCCGUUUCUGCCGCUCAACUGAUCAAAGAUGAUUUGAUGUUGGUGAUUCCUACCAGUAUUCCGGCUGACGACGAGCGACCUGCGGCAGACCAUCGCCGGCAGCGCAAUGCAACCACCAGAUCGGUGGUCGGCACUCUCAGGAGAAUGCCGACGCCACCACAUCAUCGGGGAGAAUCCGGACCGGUUCCUUUGGACACACUGACGGAUGUCAACGAGUCGUCAAUGCCCCGGGUCAAGAAGAAGAUCAAACACAAACGGACGUGGGACGAACCCGAGGCUCAAGGAUCCGAAGUGCGGAAUGCCACUUCCAAGAGACCAGACCGGAUCAAAACCCGUAGGCGGUUGUUAGUUCCAUCAUCUAGCACGGCCAGAGCACUUCGGACGGCCGUCGUGUCUUCACCGCAAGAAGAAUCAUACUACGAUUUUGGCAAGAAGAUCAGACACCCGGUACAGUCGCAGUCGCCGUCCACGCAUACCACGGUAGAAGGACUCAACGCACCGUCGGACUCGGAAACCAGGACGUCAGUCAGGUUGCCAGUAGUCGUCCAGCAAGUGAUGCAAGACGCCAUUCCCCGAGCCAGAGUGCCCGGACCACCACCACAUAACCGUACCCACAGUGCCGUGGCAGCGACUAGGCGGCCUACAGAGAACUCGGCGCCUGUAGAAUGCUUGUAUCCGAGGUUCAGCAGGCGGAACAACAAAUCGCGGGCUCGGAGGGACGUACGGUGCUUGCCAGAAUCGGAUGGUAGGACCACGAGGAUACUGUCAACCGUCGUCACGUCUGUGUCAGUCAGGGGAAGCCCUCAGAAGAGAAAUGAUUCUACUGCCGAUCUCAGUCGUCAUUCUAUCGACAAUCACCGUCCAGCAGACGCCGCCAAUGAUGGUGACGACGCGACAGGCGUGUACAAUCACGUUUCACCUACGUCUACUGCGAGUCCGGACUCCACGGUGUCGGCGUACCCGAAAUUCAUUCGAAACCGAUACCGAAACAUAUCGCUGCCCGAAUACUUGGAAAUUACCAAAGUCAAUCAAAGACGGUUGAACGGCACGGCCGUCGCUGGAACCGCGACCAUAGCUUCCACCAUUGCCUUCAUCACUACAACUACCACCACCAUAUCCACAACCACCGCCUCAACUACAGCCACCCCCAUAUUUGCGUUGGCUUCCAGUCCGUCAUCCCCGGACCAUCCAGUAGAUGGUACCACUGAAACGCUGGACACGUCCACAACAGGCGACCGGUCUUCCACCGACACCUCUCAGCCGCCACCCACCGACUUGCAAGAUUUCAUUUACUUGAACAACGGUACGUCAGAAGCGCCUGCCGACGAUAUCCCCAAUGAUGCCACCACCACGGUUGCCUCCACCCUCCACACCACAACCACAGCYGAUGCAGCCGUCGAAGCCCGUCAAAGGAGGCCGCUACUGCAGCGUGGAAACGUCACAAGGCCAUCAGCUGAACACGAUGUGGGUGUAGUUUAUCCAGACGGGCUAACCACUUCCGUGUACUUUUUAACGUUUUUGGCCAUCGUUCCGUUGGUGUUGGUAAUUGUUUUCGCGUUCAAGCUGGCCAUGCGACGAAAAAAGAAGAAGGUGUUUGACAGUUCGGAAUAUUCUUCCGAGUACAACCGCAGCCCACUGGACUUCAACACGAUCACGUCUUCACCGAUCACCACGAAACUUCCCAGGGUACCGCAGCACAUCGUGUGGGACGCCGAGAAGACGCCCGCUAUGCCGGUGCCGAUGAGCAACAGUCGUUGGGAGUUCCCCCGGGAAAAGCUGCGGCUUCAGACCAUACUCGGUCAAGGCAAUUUUGGCCAAGUGUGGAAGGCAGAAGCGGAUGACAUUAGCGGACACGAGGGACUAACCAGGCUAGUCGCGGUGAAAAUGGUUAAGGAGGACGCAGCGUCCCGGGAGAGGGAAGAUUUGAUCAGAGAGUUGAGUAUUAUGCAACAUCUCGGGUCACAUCCAAACGUAGUCACGUUGCUGGGAUGCUGUACGGAGAAAGAACCGUAUUUACUGAUCAUGGAGUACGUUAUGUAUGGCAAACUAUUGGCGUUCCUUAGAGAUCGACGGACACGAUCGCAUUAUUUUAAUUUUAGCGACUCGACUGCUUCGCUCACGUCUAGAGAUUUAACUAUGUUUGCCUAUUGCGUAGCACGAGGAAUGGAUUUUCUGGUCUCGAAAAAAAUUGUGCACAGAGACUUGGCCGCAAGAAACAUAUUGGUUGACCACAAUAAAUUAUGCAAAAUAGCUGAUUUCGGUAUGUCCCGCAAUGUCCGAGACACUAACCAAAUUUACGAGCAAAGGCAUACCAAGGGUGCCUUGCCUAUCCGUUGGAUGGCACCAGAGUCAUUGCACUAUAGUAUAUUCACAUACAAGACUGAUGUGUGGAGCUUCGGUGUACUGAUGUGGGAGAUCGUCACUCUAGGUUCAACCCCUUACUGUACCAUGGGUGCCAGAGAAGUAAUGAGACGCGUGCGGGAAGGCUACAGACUCGACAAACCUGCACACUGUCGAUCCGAAUUGUUCAGGGUGAUCACCAAGUGUUGGGCAGCCGAUCCGUCCAAGCGACCCACAUUCRCCGAGCUGAAACAAGAGCUGGGUGCACUCCUGGAAAAUCCAGAGUUUGAGGGUAGCUAUGUGGACCUGGAGAGCCUCGUUGAUGAGUCAGACAACAAUGCCAAGGACAGACAAUAACCACAUAAGUGUAUUUAUAGUCUUGUAAGCCAAAAGCGAUCUCCCAAGAACGUUUUUUCGAUUUCUUCGCAAAAGGAUUACAAAAAAAUKACAUUAUUUUUUCGUUAGAUUCCUUUUUGAUUUACACGGCAUUUAAGUAGUUUUAUACUUAGAACAAAUAUAUUGUAGACACAGAUGAUUAUUAUAGUCAUUUYGGAUUUGAUUUGUUUUCAUUUWAUCGUAACUGCAAAAUGCAAAUAUCACGAUUGAAUACAAUAURCAUGUUAUUUAAAUCCAUAUUAUUUAUAUACGAUAUAUAUGUAUACAUAUAUUAUUAUUAUAUUAUAUAUAUWUUUUUAUUUUACCUAAUGYAGUGAAGUGGAAAAGAACUGAUUUGAUGUAUUUGAUGAACAUAAAUCAAUAUGAUUGUAAUUUAAAAAACAUAAAUACAUACUAUAUAAUAUAGUAUGUAUAACAAUAGAUAUUAAGUUUAUUUGUCUA